CGACAAUGAAGUUAUCUGCUCUCGCUAUUCUCACCGCCACCUUGGCCUCCUCUGUUAUUGCUGCUCCGCUUGCCGCCCCAGCCGCCGUUGCUAUACCAGAAGCUUUACCAGAGGCCGUUGCUAAACCGGGCCUCCUUUUGCUCAGUACUCUCCACAAGAUUAUCCACGGAAAGCCUUGUCCACCAAAACCUUGCCACAAUUGCCAAAAUAACGGUAGACACUAAACGGCUAAUCGGUUACCGACCUGAAAAAGCCACUGGUUGGUGAUGUAACCUUUUAUGGCUGCGCCUUUUCAGCUCUCAACUGUUUUAUCGUACAUCUGGAUU